GCACGCCCGGCUCGCUAGCCGCACACCAUCUCGUGUCAUCGGAGAAAGGAGAUCCGAACUAGGGUUUUAGACCGCGAGCGAGGAGAGGGAAGCUAAGGCGAUGGGUGCGGCGGGCGACGAGAAGGCGGCCGCGGCGGCGGGGGGCGCCGCCGCCGAGGGUGAGGCGGCGGUGGACUCAAAGGAUCUUCAGCAGCAGAGCAAGGCGCUUGACAAGCUCACCGACCACGUCGAGGACCGGCAGCUCGACUCCUCCCGAGUGCAAUCCGCCAUGGCAGCACUUGCUUCAUCCAAAGAGGCUGACUGGAAUGCAAUGAGGCUGAGGGAGAAAGAAUUAGCUGCUGUCAAGAUCAACCCUACCGAUGUUGAAAUUAUUGCCAACGAGCUUGAGUUGGACAAGAAGAUUGCAGAGAGAACCCUCCGAGAGCACAAAGGUGAUGCUGUAGCUGCAGUUCGAUUCUUGCUGCACUAAGACAAGAGCUACCAGCAUUCAGAUGAUUUCCUUCCAUCCGCCCAACAUGCAAAUCAGCUGUACUUUCCUAGACCUCUUCGGGAAUUUUCUGUCACAUUAAAAUGAUCAUACUUGGCAUCCAUGUAGAACUGUUCUGCCAUGAUGUUUGUGAACUUGUUUCUGUUCUCCUAUAAAAAGCUGCGAUCUGAAGAACGGUGUUGUCCAUCCAAAA